AUGGCUGGCAGUGAUGGUUUUAAAGAUGCCACGGAUAGUAAGGUGGACCAGGAUGCGACAAACUUGGACGCGUUAUCCAAGCUCCAACAUGCGCGUGGGCAAUGUAAGCGGACGAUUACAAUGGUGGAAAAUUUCAAACAGGGUGCGACCGAUCCGUCUGCCGCGGCACUGCAGUUGCGCCUACGUGCCAUUGACAACGCCUACAACAAUUUCACCAAACUGCAGGCGGACAUAGCUGCCAUCCAGGGCUUCAUGGACCACGACGAGGGCUUUGAGGAGCGCUACUUCAACCUUAACGCUUCUUUCUCAACCGUGUUGGAGUGUGUACGCGCAGAUGACGACGAUACGAAGACGUCACGCGGCUCCAGAUGCGGGACCACGUUGCCGCCCAUAGAUAUCACAGACUUUAGCGGAGGCAUCGGUCAGUAUCGUCCCUUCAUAGAUUUAUUCAGUACAGUAACAAGUAGUAAUAGGAAUCCUUCAAAUAUACAGCGUUUAUUUUACUUAAGAAUGUAUUUAAAGGGAGAGGCACUAGCUCUCAUAGAUAAUUUACCACUUAUUAAUUACUCAUACACUCAUGCGUUUGAGCUACUCAACAAUCGCUAUGACAACAAGGCAUUGAUAGUGAAUAAUCACAUCAACACCUUACUAGAUUUGCCUGUAAUCAAAAGCUCUGCUCAGCAGUUACGCAGCUUAGUCUCACAAGUCAGUCAGCAAGUCACUGCGCUCCAAAAUUUAGGACAAGCCAUGCAGUGGGACACCAUACUAGUGUGCAUUUUAACUAGAAAAUUGGACACUUCCAACCUCCAGCCUUUACCAUUCAGAACACAGUUUAGAUUCCAUGACUACUUUAAAAGAGUUGCUUAA